GUUCUCACUCUCAGAUUUUCAUACCCGUGGGUUUGGGAAACAAAGGCAUUCAUCUGUUUCAUAAAGCCCUUAAAUUCUUUGAAAGUUUCUUCGAUGAUAAGGAAUUGGACGAGGUAUUAGUUGGCUGGAUUGAGCAGGAGGAAAUGCAGAGGGAACAAGAUAGACGGGAAGAACAACUCAUAGAUAGGUUCGAGGAGGAAAAGAUAACGAAAAUUGUCUCAAUCUCCUCAGGACUUAUGGGGAUAGAUAUAGCAAGGGCUUCCAUGGCUAACUCUCAAAAUUCUCCUAAGGAAGGGGAUGCUGAAGAUGAAGAAGAAGAAUUACCCAGGGAGGCCAUUAAGGCGGACAAGCUAUUUGCCCCAAUCUUUCAGAGCUACUUUGAGGCGGUCUUUCGAGAAACAGAGGAAUAUAUUCGCGAAAAGCUUGCGCAAAAAGGUCUUUUGGAGCUACUACAGAAGGGUCUUCUUCAGGAUGAAACAGGGGCAGCGUAUAGGAUUACAAGAGAGAUAGUGAAGAGUAUGGAAAAUGUGGAUUUAGUUCUCAUCAAGGGCACAAAAUACCCAGUCUUUUUGGCCUAUGCAAACUAUGAUGCUGAUACUGUUAUGGCACAUAACAGAGGUGACUCACAAUAAUUUUGGUUCAGUUUCUCUAUUAAGGGGAGUUGCUGUCUCUUUUGGGAGUGCACUUGAUAUCUGGGUUUUCUUGAGAGCACUUGGGUUAUAGUCUGUGUUAUUAUUUUCCUUGAUCUUCUAUGUUCCUCAGCAUAAUUAUACGCUUAAUGCUUGGGUUUCUGCAUCUUGGUUCAGAUUAUAAUAGGGAUAGAGUAAUCCUAAGGUCUUCAAUAGCGGGUGGUUUUCUGCAAUAUUGGGUCUUUU